GCAGUUGAAUCGGGGUGUGUCUAGGAAAGAGAAGCCAUAGUCGGCCAGCCAAUUUGGAGCAUCAACUCCACUGUGCUACAGCAGUGCUGAGAUGGUUGCGAUCCUGCUGCUCCUCUGUCUUCCCUUCAUCUUCUGCCUGGCCACACCAAGAAUCAGGAAAAUGCUGUCUUGUGGGAUGUGUACAUCUAAUGUCCAGCUUCCUGGGAAGGUAGCCAUAGUCACCGGUGCUAACACAGGCAUUGGGAAGGAGACUGCUAAAGACCUGGCCCAAAGAGGAGCCCGUGUGUAUUUAGCUUGCCGGGAUGUGCAGAAAGGGGAACAGGUGGCUAGCGAGAUCCAAGCCACCACAGGGAAUAAUCAGGUCUUGGUAAGGAAACUGGACCUAGCUGAUACCAAGUCUAUUCGAGCCUUUGCCAAAGACUUCUUAGCUGAGGAAAAGCACCUCCACAUCCUAAUCAACAAUGCAGGAGUGAUGAUGUGCCCCUACUCCAAGACUGCAGAUGGCUUUGAGAUGCACAUUGGAGUCAACCACUUGGGUCACUUCCUCUUGACCCAUUUGCUGCUAGGAAAACUGAGGGACUCGGCCCCAUCAAGGGUGGUCAAUGUGUCCUCCUUGGCACAUCAUCUGGGAAGGAUCCACUUCCAUAACCUGCAAGGGGAGAAGUUCUACAGUGCAGGUCUUGCCUAUUGUCACAGCAAGUUAGCCAACAUUCUCUUCACUCAGGAACUGGCCAGGAGGCUGAAAGGCUCUGGAGUGACAACAUAUUCUGUCCACCCUGGCACAGUCCAUUCUGAUUUGAUUCGGCACUCGUCAUUUAUGAAAUGGCUGUGGCAACUUUUCUUCCUUUUCAUCAAGACCCCUCAACAGGGAGCUCAGACGAGCCUGUACUGUGCCUUAACAGAAGGUCUUGAGACCCUAAGUGGCAGUCACUUCAGCGAUUGCCACUUGGCAUGGGUCUCUAGCCAAGGUCGUAAUGAGACAGUAGCCAGGCGGCUGUGGGAUGUCAGCUGUGACCUACUGGGCCUCCCUCUGGAUUGGUAAGUAGUGGUUUGGACUCAAAAGAAGAUUGGAUGAGAUGAUGAUUGUCCUUCAAAGUGGCCAAAACCUUGAGCACAAAGAGCAGAACUUGGAGCCUUGCCUGCUUGGUAUCUAUCCAGUUAAAUCUCAGUACAUUGCCGGGUGCCUCUAAACACCUUAAGUUUGUACCAACUUACUUUGUUCCUGCUCCUGCCAACAUUUCUAGUGGUUUCAUGGACUAGAUAGAGGACCUUCAUAUGACCUCUGCAGCUCCUGUUUUCCUUUGGAAAGCUACUCCUAGGGAAAUGGAAACCCUAGGAUUGGUGCAUUGCAAUGUGGAUUAGAUGUAGCUCCUCCCAACCAACAAAGCUUUCCUUGAAGAGCUCCAUUGCAACCUCAGUUGAACCCCAGAAGUCCAGUGACCUGGCUCAAGAGCAGGCCUUUGUGGCCCCAACAUCUGAAUACUUAGAGGAAAGUCUUCACUAAAUCUGUCAGUCUGAAGUGUUUACUACUGAAACACUUUUCCAUGUCCAGACCACAGAUGAGCUUCCUUCUCUAUGAAGUUUGUGGAAUUUGAAGGGCAGAAAUAAAAAUAAAGCUAAACUGUCAUUUUCCUGUUUCUCAGCGCAGUGAGGAAGGUAAUGGUUAUGAGAAGCUGGGUCACUUGGCUUCAGUUACUGACCCACGGAGGCCUCUUCUUUUUGUGUCCUUGUUUCUCCUAGGUAAUGAGAAAAGGUCUUUUUAUUGUCGCUGUGUUGCUCUCUGAGCAUCUUCUUGUGUAUUCAUGCAGUUGGGAGUGUUUCCACAAAAUUCACGGCAGCCACAAAGGAAAAGUCCUAAAUCAGACUGUAGUUUAGACACAUGACCGGGGUGAAGCAAACCCACAUGGAGUCUUUGAUAUUCAUGAGUAUUGGCUGUAAGGAGAGGGAGACACUGCACAGGUGUAAUUGGUCACCAAGAAGCAGAGACGCAGCAAAGAGAGGGAGACACUGUACACCUGUAAUUGUCACCGAGGAGCACAGAUGCAGCAGGGAAGAAGUUUUUAAAAAGAAAAAUCCUAGGAGGUAAUACAUGAUAGGAAGGGAUCAGUUAAGAAUCACAAAAACAAAAACAAAACCCGAAAAACAGUAAUAGACAGCUAUAGAAAACCACACCAUUGAACUCUGUGUGUGUGUGUGUGUGUGUGUGUGUGUGUGUGUGUGUGCGCGUGUUGAAAAAGUCCAAAGCACAAGAGUGAAAAACUAACAAGUCUUUAUUUAGAAAAUUUAUCCUAAGGACUGACACUGGUAAUUACAGUCAAUUUCAUAAUCUUUCAGAGCACUUCCUUAUAUUAACAAUGUUAAGAUGCCAAUUGGGGGAGGGGGCAGUGUUGGGAUGACUUGGCACUGGCUGCUGUUCCAGAGGAUCCUCGUUCAAGUCCUAGGACCUACAUGGCAGCUCACAACCAUCUGUAACCUCAGUCCUAGAGGAUCCAACACCCUUGUCUACCUCCAUAGGCACUGCAUGCCAUGCACAGAGGCACAUGCAGGCAUUCACACACACAUCAUUUUGUUAAAAAAAGAUGUCAAUUUCAGGAAUGGAGGUGAGUGCUUUCCUGGUAUGUGUGAGGCAAAAGAAAGCAGAGAUAGCUUCAACUGACUAAGGUUCUGUGCUUCAUUUGGAGAGCUUUUAUCAGCAAAAGGAGCCAGGAAUUCUUCAUGUCCCAUCACUUGUUUGGAGGAUGUUAUUCUAAGAGAGAUUGUCAUUUUCUUGGGCUGACAAUUACAUUUUAACCUGAAUAGGUAAGACUGAUGGGACGGCAAUCUUAAACUUCUAAUAUUUGUAAAUUAAUAAUUUUGAUGGGCUUGUUUUGAUCAUUAAACUAUAUACUUAAGGUGAGUUUAUGGGGGAAAUUGGAAAACUUUUGAUAAUGCAGUGAAUAACUGAAUUAUAUUUUACUUAAUUUAUAUUCAAUUGUCAAUGGAAAUAAAGGUUGUUUUUAAUCA